GCAUGAAUCUAAUCCAAAUUAGGUCAAACAAAACAUAGUCCAUAGCCAAACAUUUGAUUUUGAAUCCAUUUUCCUUGUGGAGGUAGGUGAAGUUCAUGAAUCAAAACUUCAUCUUUUUCACUCAACUUAUUUUUCUUUAACAAAUUCAUCUCAAUCCAACAACCACAUUUUACACCAACCCCCAACUCAAAAACCCUACCAAAAGAGGGGUAGAGAGAACAACAAUACAUUGAAACACCAAAUUAGAGAAAAAUAAGAUAAAGUUUGAAACUUUAAGCAAAAUUGAAAUGGCCCAGUUGAGUAGAAUCAACAAUCUUGUUCAAAGCACCCAAAUUUUCCACCAUUCUUCCAUUUCCCACAAACCCAAAUCAGCAAAAUCAGUUUCAUUGAGGUCUAGCCUUCUGGGCUCCUCAAAAUCAUGCAGCUUGAAGCAUAAAAAUGGAGUCUUUGUUGGAAAUUGUGAUAUGGGUAGGGGGAAUUCCUUUGUGUUGAAGGCUUCUGCUUCGGUUGCCGCCGCCGAGAAGCCGUCGACGGCGCCGGAGAUUGUGUUGGAACCCAUUAGUGAAAUUUCUGGGUCCAUUACUUUGCCUGGAUCAAAGUCUCUAUCCAAUCGAAUUUUGCUUCUAGCUGCUCUCUCUGAGGGAACAACUGUUGUAGAGAACUUGUUAGACAGUGAGGAUAUUCAUUACAUGCUUGAGGCAUUGAAGGUCCUUGGACUUCGAGUGGAAGACGACAAAACAACCAAACAAGCAGUUGUGGAAGGCAGCGGAGGAUUAUUCCCAACCGGUAGAGAAUCUAAAGAUGAAGUUAAUUUGUUCCUUGGAAAUGCUGGUACGGCAAUGCGUCCUUUGACGGCCGCCUUGGUUGCUGCAGGUGGAAAUACAAGAUACAUACUUGAUGGGGUUCCCCGAAUGAGAGAAAGACCAAUUGGGGAUUUGGUUUCCGGUCUUAAGCAACUUGGUGCUGAUGUUGAUUGUUUUCUUGGCACAAACUGUCCACCCGUUCGUAUAAUUGGAAAGGGAGGACUUCCAGGGGGAAAGGUGAAACUGUCCGGAUCUAUUAGCAGUCAGUACCUAACUGCUUUGCUUAUGGCAGCACCAUUGGCUCUAGGCGAUGUUGAGAUUGAGAUUAUUGAUAAGCUGAUUUCUGUUCCGUAUGUUGAAAUGACUUUAAAGUUGAUGGAGCGCUUUGGAGUCUCUGUCGAACAUAGUGAUAAUUGGGAUAGGUUUUUGGUCCAUGGAGGUCAAAAGUACAAGUCUCCUGGAAAUGCUUUCGUUGAAGGUGAUGCUUCAAGCGCCAGUUACUUCCUAGCCGGUGCAGCAGUUACCGGUGGAACCAUCACCGUUAUCGGCUGCGGAACAAGCAGUUUACAGGGAGAUGUAAAAUUCGCUGAAGUUCUCGAAAAGAUGGGAGCUAAAGUUACAUGGACAGAAAACAGUGUCACAGUUACGGGACCUCCACGAGAUUCUUCUGGUCGGAAAGUAUUGCAAGGCAUUGAUGUCAAUAUGAACAAGAUGCCAGAUGUUGCCAUGACACUCGCCGUUGUUGCGCUAUUUGCUAAUGGUCCAACUACUAUCAGAGACGUGGCAAGCUGGAGAGUUAAAGAGACAGAAAGAAUGAUAGCAAUCUGCACUGAACUCAGAAAGCUCGGAGCAACAGUCGAAGAAGGUCCUGAUUACUGUGUGAUAACACCACCUGAGAAAUUGAAUGUCACAUCGAUAGACACGUACGACGAUCAUAGAAUGGCGAUGGCGUUUUCUCUUGCGGCUUGCGGCGAUGUUCCGGUCACAAUCAAGGAUCCUGGUUGCACAAGGAAAACAUUCCCUGACUACUUUCAAGUCCUUGAGAGGUUUACAAAGCAUUAAGCAUUCUUGUAUAUUGUGUAGGCAAGAGAGGUGAAAUGCUCACAAAGUUGUGGGUGUUUUUGAUUGAGAUGAUUUUGUUUCUAAAUGUUUCUUCGUAAGGAGUUGUGAUGAUUUGUAUUGUUGUUGAAAUGAGGUAGUGAUUUUAUUGUAUGAAUGCAACUUAAUUAUCAAUAAGGGUCUGUUUGGAUAA